CUCUCUUCUCCCAACCCCAUAUUUCAUUGCUCUUCACUCUCUAAUUAACCACUCCCAUUCUCUGGAUUUUGGGAAAAACCAUCCCCUCUUCCUUCACUUAGUGCGUUAAGCAUAUAUAUAAUAGAUUUUCCAGGGAAAGUGUCAUAAGACUCAACUUCAUGCAAUAUAUUCCAAUAUCUAAGAGAACCCUUUUUUUGUCUGUAGAAUCUACUAUGGAUUUUGUGAGCCAAAGGCACCUACUGCAUUCUAUGCAACAAGCUCAUUCCCCGUGCACAACUCCCCUUAGUGAUGUGACUAAUCCUUCUCCAUAUAAUUAUUCCUUCUUAGUAAUCCUUGUGAUUGGAAUGAUGUUUACAGCUUUCUUCCUUAUAGGCUACUACAUAUUAGUUGUCAAGUGCUGCCUCAAUUGGCCCCAUGUUGAUCAUGUAAGAAUUUUUUCUCUAUCUAGGUCUCAUGAAGACCCAUCUGCACCAUACUCAACAGCAUCUGAGCCUAGAGGGCUAGAGGAAGCAGUGAUCAAAUUAAUUCCAGUGAUUCAAUUUAAGCCAGAAGAAGGUGAAAGAAGCUUUAGUGAGUGUUCAGUUUGCUUGAGUGAGUUUCAGCAAGACGAGAAGCUGAGGGUUAUACCAAACUGUAGCCAUGUCUUUCACAUUGAUUGCAUAGAUGUUUGGCUUCAGAACAAUGCUUAUUGCCCUCUUUGUAGAAGAACUGUUUCCUUGACAAGCCAAGUCCACCAUCAUGUAGACCAAGUCAACCUUCUUCUCACUCCAAGGCUUUCCCCUCAAGGUCAAAGCCAAAACAAUGAAAACCUCAUUGGUGCUGCUGAGGAUGAAGGAGGUUUUGUUGUGAUUGAUUUGGAUGGUGAACAUGAUAGAGACCAAAACUUGCAAGAAAGACAAGAGUUACCAACAUGUCGUAUUAUUAGUCUUUCUUCACAAAUGAAGCUAUUGGAGGAGAAGAAAGCAAGGAAGCUUCAAAAAGUGACAAGUUUGGGAGAUGAGUGUAUAGGUGUUAGAUCCAAAGAUGAAAGGUUAUCAGUUCAAGCCAUGAGAAGGUCCUUUUCCAUGGACUCAUCGGUGGAUAGAAAGUUUUAUGAGGCAGUUCAAGAGGCUUUACAACAACCACAACAACAAAAUGGGAAUGUUCUUGAGGUCAGCACAAUUGAAGCUUGUGAUGGUAGUGGUAGAGUUAAGAGAUCAUUCUUUUCUUUUGGACAUGGAAGCAGAUCAAGAAGUGCUGUACUACCUGAGACCCCUGAUUUUUUUAUUUAAUAAAAUGUAUUUUAGUUCUCAUAUUUUCGCUAAAAAUUCAUCUUAGUUACUAUACUUUAAAAAUAAUAAUUUUGGUCUUCAAUUUUUUUUAAUAAUCGGUGAAUUUGGUCUUUA